GGCACCUCCUCGACCAUGGCAUACGCGCGCGGCAAUUCCUGAGUGCCACAGAUCAUGCCUCUGAUUCCCAAGCAUAUUGAGUCGCUCCCUCAACAGGCUAUCAGGGCUGUUAUAAGAAGCCUCACGGAAGCUGGAGCCUCUGACAGCCUUUUCUUUUGCCCAGAUUCCACGAAGUCUCACAUUCACGACUUUCAGCAAUGCCAACCAUGAAUGAAAGAGCAUAUCGAUCUUUACUAGGGCUAAUUGACGAGCAUCCCUGGGAGGUUACAGUGGAUUUGAAGCAAGAACAACAUGCCCUGCUGAGAAUCCAGCACGAUCUUGAAAAUGUGGAUCCACGCGAGAUCACCGAUAUUCACGACAAACCUCGCGUAUGGACACAGCAUCAGCGAGACCGCACGCCACUGGCUGUCCUCCCCUCCAAUGUCAAAUUUCCUCGCCAGGAGUGCAAGCUACAUCCGAGGUGUAAAGCAACCAUCCAGGACAAACGUGUUGAUCCUAGAGAGCACCAUACCCUCCUUUUCACUCUUUGGAAAGCGUGCCACUCUCGACGGCCAAGAUUCGACCAACAGCGUUCGAGAGUACCCAAGCUAGUGCAAAUGAACCUUCAGGGUCACCGACCGCGAAAGUUACAAUGUAUCCACGAGAACCAAUGAAGGCUGAACAGAUAUUUCCGCGACGAUCCACGAAGACAGCGGGCGUCAUGUCAACUUCUGCAGGCAGUACGACUCGAUUCCCAAUGGCUGUCAUUACCGAGCGUUUCGCAAUCCCAUGACCAGACUUAUAUGCCUGUAGACUUUCAAAGAAUGGUCGACGUCUCCAUCGCUUGAUACGGGCGCAUAAAGUGAGAGGACUAUAGGUCAAAACCAGAGAAUCGAGUUCAAGAUCCCGACAACAGAGCGACUAGCGCGGUUCGCGCAAAGCGUAGUAUCUAGGUAUACUUAAGGCGAAGCACACCGGUUCUCAAGUCAUCCUGCAAAGCUUUCCCGCGAAAGCAACAAUCGAACCCUCCGCAGGCAACCAUGUCCGAGAUCGAGUUUUUCCCGACUCUCACAGUCGCUCAACACGGCUAUACCGUAUACCUCACGAUUUUCGACCAAAAUAGUUGUCGGCAGCCAGAGCAAGUCACGGUUAAUUUCUUAUCGGGUGACGAAAACUACACUUUUGUCUCCCGUUAUUCAAGUUUGGUGUCUUUCGCCUUGAGGGCGCCUAUAGGAGUUAUCACUAUCACGUUCUAUACACGAGGAGAGCCUCUCCAGUUUCUUCAACCUUCGGUCAAUCACCUGUUUGCUGUGGUGCCUGUCUAUAUAAAGUGUUAUAGCGCAAUCAUAGCUCCACUGUGCUACCACCAACAACUGAUUGCGGAGGAACUGGCCCGAUUAAGGGGCAGACAGUUAGCAAGAAGGCAAGGCAAUUUGGUGGGAGCGCCUAGGCUGCAUCGAUGAGUCUGAUCCUGUCAACAAUGAGGUUAGUAAAAUAUUACAUAUGCGAAAGGAGUAUUCCAGUCGAAGCCAUCCUCAUCGGUUCAUAA